UGCUUCCUUAGCUGUACUUGUUGCUUCACCUAGCUCAGAAAAAGAAAGGCCCAACUCCAAUCAAUAAACCAAAACUUCCAAGAAGAAAAAUUAGCAUGGCCAACUGUGGCUUUUACUUGCUACUGUUUUUGUCUUUCCACUACUUCACUCCAGCCACUUCAGAUCCUACUGUUUCUGCAUCAGAUUUCAUCAAAGCAGCCUGCAAAACCACCAGAUUUUAUGCGUUGUGCGUUACAUCGCUUGCACCCUAUUCCAAUACCAUCCAACAAAGUGAAAGACAGUUAGUUCGAGCUGCCUUAACAGUCGCCUUAAGCAAAGCUCAAUCCACAAAACUGUUUGUUGCCAAGUUCUCCAAUUCCACAGGAUUGAAGCCCAGAGAAUCUCAGGCUCUUAAAGACUGCAAAGACAACAUGGUUGAUAGUUUUGAUCAGCUCAGCCAAUCUAUGCAAGAACUCGCCCGGUUGAAUAAUCAGGUAACCAGUCGGGAUUUCAGGUGGCACAUGAGUAAUGUGCAGACUUGGGUUAGUGCAGCUUUAACUGAUGACAGUACUUGUCUUGAUGGGUUUUCUGGGUCUUACAUGAGUGGAAAAGUGAAGGUUCCUAUUACAAGAAGAGUUGUUUAUGUUGCUCAAGUUACUAGUAAUGCUCUUGCCUUGAUUAAUCGCUUUGCAGCAACAGGACAUCGGUCCGGUCCCACCUCGAAUGCACCUUGAAUGUUGUAAUAUACUACUGUACGUGUGCUAUCCUUAAUGUUUUCUUGAAAUUGUACUAUGUUGUUGUAAGAGCUUUUGACUCGACAAAAGCAGUCAAAAUCAGUUCAUUUUCAGCUAAGAACAAUAAGCCGGUGACAUGCAAUUUUUGCUC